UGGAGGAGAGUGUGGCAUCGUCAGCAGCUGGGCUGAGCCAAGAUAUACAGAUGGCUGAAAGUGGUAAAACAGAAAAAGUAAAGUGGACGACCACUGUUAUUAUUAGUUCAUCUCUUAAGAAUUAUGAAAUUGCAGCUGCUCUGGAAAAUCAAAGCCACAAGGUUCGGUAUUCAGAUUCAGUGGAAAAUGGAUCAAUUAUAUUUUCUGUUUCUGGAGUUGCAUUUUUAUUGAUGGAUGCUCAUGAAUGCAUUAUGUCAGCUGAGGAAGUAUUUCUAACCAAAAUCGAGAAGUUUCUUAACAUUCACCAAAAUAGCUUUUUGGUUCUGUUUGCUGCCCUUCAUGGGCAUGAAGAAUGGAAACUGAUAUUCAGGAUUCAGCAAAGAUUCCUGGGAAGUAAAUUACGGAUACUUCCAGUCCACAACACAGCGAAUGCCAUCCAUCUUAUGUGCACUAUAGCUAAGACUUCCUCCAAACCGUGCAUGGAUAGCAUCUGCUAUAGAAUGAUAACAACUAAAGCUUACAUCAUAGAGCAAAGUCCUGUUUGGAAAACACUUCAAAAGAUAAAGCUGAAUAGUGAUUUAAUUAACUCCAAUUAGAGAACCAGUUAUAAAAGUUCUUUUGGAAGAACAUAAAAAUAACCAGACCUGUUAUGUUAUAAUAUUUAAAUACACAUUUACUUUAAAGAUGUUUAUAU